CUUAGGAACUCAUUGAACUGAGGAACUCAUAGAGGAGACUAGACAGUCACCUUGCUGGGGUCACCUAACCCCAGCUGUCUUUCCUGCCUGGUGCAGAGGGCUGGAUCCGAUGAUCUUCUGAGGUCCCUUCCAGCCUUACUAUCUAUGAACUUAAGGCAUUAAAGAAACCUCACCUUGAAAUGUGAAAAAUUAUCUGCAGAGGAGUUGAAUAGCUAAAUACUGGAACAACAGCUGAUUUUUUAUUUGUUUCUUCCAACAUGACCAGUCCCCAGCCCGCAAUAGAAGGUGGAAUUUCAGAAGUUGAGAUAAUCUCGCAACAAGUAGAAGAGGAGACCAAAAGUAUAGCUCCUGUGCAACUUGUUAACUUUGCUUAUCGAGAUUUACCACUAGCUGCACUCGAUCUAUCUGUGGCAGGGUCCCAGCUCUUGUCAAAUUUGGAUGAGGAGUACCAAAGAGAAGGAUCUAACUGGCUAAAACCGUGCUGUGGGAGACGAGCAGCUGUGUGGCAAGUAUUUUUGCUCAGUGCAAGUCUCAACAGUUUCCUGGUAGCCUGUGUAGUAUUGGUGGUGAUUCUCCUGACUCUGGAACUCCUAAUAGAUAUAAAGCUUCUCCAGUUUUCAAAUGCAUCACAGUUUGCAGGAAUUAUUCACUGGAUCAGCCUAGUCAUCCUGUCCGUGUUCUUUUCAGAGACUAUUUUGAGGAUUGUGGUUCUUGGCAUAUGGGAUUAUAUUGAAAACAAAAUAGAGGUCUUUGAUGGCGCUGUGAUAAUCUUAUCCUUGGCUCCAAUGGUGGCCUCCACAGUGGCCAAUGGCUCAAGCAGUCCAUGGGAUGCCAUCAGUCUCAUUAUCACUCUGCGGAUUUGGAGAGUUAAGAGAAUUAUUGAUGCCUAUGUACUACCAGUGAAAGUGGAAAUGGAAAUGGUGAUUCAACAAUAUGAGAAGGCAAAAGUCAUUCAAGAUGAACAGCUGGAAAGACUAACCCAGAUCUGCCAAGAACAAGGGUUUGAAAUUAGGCAGUUGAGGGCCCACCUCGCUCAGCAAGAUCUGGAUCUGGCUGCUGAGAGAGAGGCUGCACUGCAAGUCCCCCACAUGCUGAACCAGCAGAGCAGCAAUAGAUAUAAGGUAGUGGCAACUGGGGACUCGGAUGAUGAAGCCACAGAGAACAUCACUGAGUUACGGCCUGCGCGAGAGGCCAAGGUCAAGGAUGAUAUGAAUAAUUACAUCAGCCAAUAUUACAAUGAGCCCAGUAGUGACAGUGGAGUUCCUGAGGCAGCUAUUUGUGUCAUUACCACAGCAGCCAUAGAUGUACACCACCCAAACAUAUCUUCUGACCUGUUCACAGUGGAUGUGCCAAUGAAGAUAGGAAGUACUGGAACUUCCACUAGUGCCACUUCAGGCAGUGUCUCCAGAUCCACAGACAGCUCUGUAACUAGAGCCCAGAGUGACAGCAGCCAAACCUUUGGCUCCUCCACAGACUGCAGUACAACCCGGGAGGAGUCUUCUGAGUAUUGCCCCUUAGAGAGGACGGGAAACACAAGACAUGACCAAAUCGAUCCAAGGCAGAGGGUCAACAAUGCAGUAGUUCAGGAACUGUUAUCAUCCUUAUCAGAGGAUUCAUGCUUAACACAAAAAGGAUUGGAUCCAGUCAACCUCAAACUACCGACUCCAGCAGGUUCCACUACAGCCAGCCCCGAGCUGGAGCACAGAGUGAACAUUUACAACAGGAAGAACCAAGAGAGCUUUGACGUGUUCCAGAUUAAACCAGCUAUCCGCUUUCAGCAGAAUGCCCCAGUGAUCGACGACAAGUACAAAUCUUUGGAAUCCAAAGAGCCAAAGUUAAACAGGGUCCCAGAUUCAUAGUUCUCCACCAUGGUGGGGAAAAACAGGAGACGUUCUAAGCUUUAAUGGUGCGCUCAGAAGUACCACUGGCUGGAUAGCUUGCUGCUUGCGUGGUUUGAAUUAACUGAAUAUUCAUAAAUGCAUGAGUUCUGAGAGCCAGCCGAAAACCAUGACAUUUCCAGGUUCCGAGGUCCUCGGGCUCAGCCCUGACAAGAGAGGAAACAUUCUGUAUUACAGAACAAUGACCUCAAAGGUGUACAGAUUCUUAAUCUUUGUUUUGCAAGGGUUUGUUUUUUUUCUAAAAUAAACAUUUUUUUAUGGAAUUCUGAACAACUUCUGUCAGGUCAGGCUUCAGCAGGGUAUGAUACUCAUAAAUGUAAACUUGUUCUAAAAUUUCUUACCGCCCCUUUGUACGUGACGACAGUUGUAAAUCCCUUUGUACAAAUACUGGCAAUUCUUUUUCUUCUUCCCCAAAACUUUUCUCAAAGAGCACUUUGGGCAAUGCAGAUUAAAGAAAACAAAAUAUCUGAUCAGUUUUUAUUUUUGCAUGAACUCUUUAAAAAACUUAUUUUGGAAAAAAAAAAUCUGAUUUUUCACCUCCAAGCCAAUGUGGUGAGAGAACAAUGGACAUUUUGCAAAUUCAAUUUUAAUUAAAAAAAACCAAGCAAACAAACUAAAUGUUUGUUCUAUGCUUUUGUUCACUGAUGUUAGGGGCUGGGCUAUAGGCA